AUGAUGAUGUCGUUGCUCUUCAUGUGGCAGUCAAGUCUGCUCGCCGUCGGAAUAUACUUCAUUUGCAAACUCUACAAAAUCAUCACCAGCCCUCUUACCUCCAUCCCCGGCCCAUGGUACACGCACUUCACAAACCUCAUCCUCCGAUACCACACCCUAACCGGCCAACGAAUCUUCUACAUCCACUCUCUGCACCACCGCCACGGCCCCAUCGUGCGAAUCUCCCCCAACGAAGUCGACGUAAGCGACCUCGCCGCCUUCGCAGAGGUCCACCGCAUCGGAAGCGGAUUCACGAAAUCGGAAUGGUACGACCGCGCCACGUACGGGAUCCAGGGCAACGUCUUCGUCAUGACGGAUGUCAAGGCGCAUGCGGAGCGGAGGAGGUUGUUGGCGCGGCCGUUCUCCAAGUCUUCGCUGGUGGCGAAUUUUCAUGGCGUGGUGGGGGAGCGGGCGAGGAGGGCGGUGGGGGAGAUUAGGCGGGAGGUUGUUGGAGGGACGGGGGAGGCGGAUGUGAUGAAGUGGUGGACGUUGAUGGCGACGGAUGUGGUGGCGCGGGUGGUGUUUGGGGAGGAGUUGGGGUUGGUGGAGGCGGGGGAGAAAACGGACUACAUCAACGAUCUCGAACUGGCAACCCAAGCCUGGGGCCUGCGCGGAGAGGAACCUCUUCUCUACCACGUCAUGCGACUCGUAGCACCCCAAACGAUUCGCCACUUCGACACCUCCAUCAAGAACGUCGUGACCUACGGCACAGCGGCAGCAGCAAGAGCCAAACACCGCGAUCUCCAAAAGCAAAACGUCCUCAACGAGAUGAUCUCGCUCAGCAAGGAGGGGAAAUCGAACUUGACAGACUCCGCCAUUGGAGCGCAGGCUUCAGCCUUGAUCGUCGCCGGCUCGGGCACCACGGCCGUCACGCUGACAUACGCCGUCUGGGCCAUCGUCAAGCAUCCACAGGUGAGGGCGAAGCUCGAGGAGGAAGUCUCCAAAAUCCCCGCGGAUUACAACGAUGCGACUCUGGAGUCUCUGCCGUAUCUGAAGGCUGUCAUCACAGAAGUCUUGCGCUUGUACGGGUCAGCACCGGGGUCUCUGCCACGAAGAACGCCCGAAGGAGGAAUCGCGGUGACCGGCUACUUCGUGCCCGCCGGAGUCACAGUGACGACGCAAAUUUACACGAUCCAUCGCGACGCUGAGAUCUUUCCGGAUCCAGACAAAUUCGACCCCUCGAGAUUCUACAAUCGAAGCUUGUCAGCAGACGAACGACGGGCGUUGGCACCCUUCGGAGGCGGGACUCGCCUCUGUCUGGGUAUACACCUCGCUGAGAUGGAGCUUCGACACGGCUUGGCGGAGUUCUUCCGUGAGUGUCGAGAUGUCGAGCUCUCAGGCUGGACGACCCCUGAGUCGAUGGAGAUGGAUAAUUAUUUCCUGAUUAUCCCGAAGAGUAAGCGGUGUUUGGUACGGCGGAAGGACGAAAAGAAUAUGUAG